UUAAUUGAUGGAUAAAUCUUGGAAAAUUUUUAUCUGGAAUAUCCUGAAAUUAUCCUUGAAUUAGUUAGCAAAAAUUUUACUGGACGUUAUAUGUCAGUAAUAUAACAAUGUUUAAAAUUUUUAUAACGUUACGACUCGCAACACACGCAACGAUGCGUUACGAUUUUAAGUACACAUGCGUCAUUUCCAUGGUAACAGCUUGCAGUUCAAUUCUAUAAACAGAAGGUUUAAGAAGCAUAAGAGUCUUAGUAGUGUUUUGUAAGUCUGGAUCUACAAUAGGUGUUUUAAGUCGUAAGAAAUUGACCAAUUACAGUUGAAUACGAGAAGAAUAAUUGAUUGUUAUUAGUCCAUUUCUUAUAACUUAAGACCUAAAAAUAUAUUGUAGAUCUGGGCUAAACGAUAAGUUUUAUCAGAGUGUUAUUGACCAAAAGCUAAAAAACAAAACUAAGCUUUCUUUUGUUGACAAUAAGUAUGUCAGUGGAAGGACAAUUUUUUCUCUCCGCUACCGGCUCUAUCGAGCAUGCGGAGUUCUACGAGGUCAAUAACGUUUAUUGCAAGUACAGCUUUCAUUUCGGAUCUGACUGGAGCGUCGUUGCGGGAAUCGAGGAAGGGCUGACGCAAAUGUGUAAAUGCAGCAACGAUCCUAGAAAUCUCGCCGUAUGGAACUUCCCUUUGGAUGUAACAUUCAAGAGCACAAAUCCACACGGAUGGCCACAGCUCAUCAUGUCGAUUUAUGGCUUGGAUUUUUUCGGUCGCGACGUCAUCAGGGGAUACGGAGUGUGUCAUUUGCCUCUAAAAACUGGAUAUCAUGAAAAAAGGGUGUCAAUCUACGUACCGGAAUCGUCCUCCAUGCUGCAGCAUUUUAUGGAAUGGUUAACUGGCAGAAGACCGGAAUUAAUCGAUCCUACUAUACUUGCAUCUGGCGGCGGCAGAGAACGUAAGAAAAUGCAUCAAGAUAUUUCUCGUUAGUGUGUCCAUUAGUGUUAAAUU